ACGUUAAACACCAUACCAUAUUAGACGUAUUCUUAACGUUGACUUGCAACAUUGUUGUAUUUUGGUAAAUAAGGAAAGGCAAAGUUUUAUUUCCGCAAUAUUGUGUUAAAACUCAAUAUCUGCAUAGCAAGGCCAAGGCGUGUCUUACAGGAUAUUUCAACCAACAUGUCAUCGGACCAGACUCCUCCUUUUGAUGUUUCGAAAGCUUCUGCUACAUCCAGCUCAGUAUCAGCACCGCCAGUCACUAACGCCCCGGAUUCUACAACAGUAGCAUCUUCUACAUCAACUACACCAUCGCAGGAUACACCUACCACAUCUAAUUCGGCAAAUACAGACACUGCAAACACAAAUCAGAUACCGACACAGUCCACUACAACUGCUGAGAAUUCCACUAUGGACCCAAAACCGCCAGUCACUAACGCCCCGGAUUCUACAACAGUAGCAUCUUCUACAUCAACUACACUAUCGCAGGAUACACCUACCACAUCUAAUUCGGCAAAUACAGACACUGCAAACAAAAAUCAGAUACCGACACAGUCCACUACAACUGCUGAGAAUUCCACUAUGGACCCAAAACCGCCAGUCACUAACGCCCCGGAUUCUACAACAGUAGCAUCUUCUACAUCAACUACACCAUCGCAGGAUACACCUACCACAUCUAAUUCGGCAAAUACAGACACUGCAAACACAAAUCAGAUACCGACACAGUCCACUACAACUGCUGAGAAUUCCACUAUGGACCCAAAACGAAAGGUGCCCAAAAGACUGCCAACAAACGAAAAUCAUAGACCCUUGACCACCAGUAGUGACCAGAACUCGAGAGUGGAUGGACGGACAUCUGGGACUGCCAAUAACGACAGAGAGUUAACUAGCCGAUCUCUCCAACCGAAACUCCAAGAUGAAAGUAACCAACAAAGUCUACAGGAAGAUGGGGAACCUACAGUGCAAGAGCUACAGGAUUUUGCCGGUGAGAAGAAUUACGUUUUUGGUGACUCAGAAACAGGAUCUGUCCCAUUUCAAAACACUGAAAGGAAUACUAGUAUGUCUGGAAUGACUUUAGGGCUUGAUAAAUCAAACAACGCAUCUGGUGGCCAGGGUGGUGUUGGUGCUGAAACGAUGCACAUUCCUGAUGGUCAGAGUGCUGGUGACAAUAAGACAACACCUGGUCGCCAGGAACGUGAAGAUGACAAAAAAGAAUCAACCGAAGCCCAAGAUGGCGGCGAUGGUGACAAACACAACACACCUCAUGGUCAGGGUGGUAGGGAUGGUGAUGCUAGCCAGACAACAACUAAUGAUCUGGAUGAUGUCGAUGCCAACAAAAACCCAACUGAUGCCCAGGAUGACGAUGAUGCUCGGAGCAAGAAAGCAUCUGAUAGUCAGGGUGGUGGUGGUUACAACGGAAAUACAUCUCAUAGUCAGGAUAGCGGAACUGACGGGGAUAGUUUGGACGAUGAUGAUGAUGGACACUCAGGUACCGCACGACAUCCAAUAAGAAUAAGACAAAUAACACCACCACGAACCAGAGAUGUCUGUGACCUCCAUAAACACAAAGAUGCUGCAUUUUAUUGCCCUGGGAACUCUCAGUAUAUAUGCACGACCUGUGUUCUAAAAAAUCUAAACGUGGAGGUGGACUUGAUCCAGGAUCGUAGAAAACAGGUAGAACGCGAGCUUAAACACAUGAAGUUGGAAGUAGACGAACAAACUCAAAAAUGUAAGUCUAAUAUCGAUUCUUUGCACCAUGAACAAAAGGAGAUCCGCAGGUCCACGGCACAAAUCAACACGAGGGUAGAUGAGCAGGUAAAACGUUUGUGCGAUAAAAUAAAAAGUCUCGGUGACGAUAUUAAAAAAACCAAUGGUAAAAUAUAUUACGAAAACAACGAACAAAUAAAGGUACAUUCUCAGAAAAUGAAGGCAUGUAAAUCAGAAUUGGAGUCCAUUUCAAAACGCAUAAAACAGUCCAUAGCAAACACAUCGGUUCGGAACAUGUCAGAGUCUUCGCGUAAACUUCAGAAAGAAAAACAAAACCAAGAAGAACUGGAGGCCCCGUUGGAAUUUCCCGAAUUACAGAAAGUUGAAUUUAAUGAAGCUGAAUUGGACGAAUUCCGAAUUACGUCAUUAAUGGAAAUGCUUGGUACCUUAGACGUAAACGAGAGUAGUUUGUUGGCAGAUUUGUCCAGAGGCAAUGUCCACGAUGUUCACGAGGUCGAGAAGGUCGACGAGAUCGAUAGUACUAAAGAAAACAUCGAGAAAUCGGUCGAUCUCAUUGAAGAACCCGAAGCCAUAGCUGAUGAUACAGCAGAGGAAGAAGCUGAAAGAAACCACCAAGAAGACAUCAAGGGAUUGGUGAGAUACGAAGUUACUAAUCAAAUACAGGAAUUACUCCAAUCAAGGGAUGGUUACAUAAUGAUGCAUGAACUUUUGGGUAAUGAAAAUGGACAGCGCCUUCUGGCCGAGGUCCUUGGAACAGAGCGGGGAAGCAUGUUUGUCAAAGAAUUUCUAAUAAAGCAAUAUGACCAAGCCUUUCUUAAAGAGUUACUGUCGACAGAGCCUGGACAAGUGUGGCUUAAAUCCUUCUUUUCCACUUCUUGUGGAAAAAUUGUUUUUUACCAGUUUAUUGUUUGCGAACAGGGCUUGGAGUUGGUAAGAGCCUUUUUGAAUACUGAAUCUGGACUUCUUUUGGUAUCUAAAUUUCUAAUCACCGAGAAAGGGCUAUCACUGGUAGAACAUAUUCUGUCCAAGCAGUGCGCACUGCCAUUGGUUAAAAAAUUCGUACGGUCCGAAAUCGGUAAAUCACUGGUUGGGGAGUUCAUUUCAAAUCCUGAUGGAAUUUUGCUGCUUAAAAAAUUUCUUCUAACUUUAAAUGGACGACAGUUGAUCAAAGAAUUCCUUCCAAACCAAGUGGGUAAAAUUUUAGUGAAAGAAUUUUUGAUAGGGGGAAUAGGAAGAAAUCUAUUAAAGCAGAUACUCACUGAGCAAUUUGGACUCUCCUUGAUGAAGGAAUUUAUAAUUACGUCUCACCAAGGGAAAGCGCUUUUACAAGACUUGCUGAACACCACAACUGGUCAGUCUGAGAUACGAAAUUGGCUGCCUUCGAAUACUGGGAACGCUUUACUCAGACAAACUCUCGAAACCGGCCAAGGUCUUGCGUUAGUGAGGGAAUUUCUGGAUACAAAUAUUGGUCGAGCUUUGGCGAAAGAAAGAAUCGAUGCUGAUAGACCUACCUACAUAGAAAAUAUUGAAAUGCUGAACGUCCAAUCUUUACCCUGGUUGAUCGAGUGUAAACCUGGAAAUACCAACCUAUCAAUCGUCUUAAGGUUAGCAAUGCCCGAAACUGGUCAUUUCCUCAAUUGGGUGUUGGUCAAUUUUUCCCUGACAUUAGAAAAUAACCAAAACGACGAGGAGUCGAUCAGGUUAGAAAAUAUCAGAUACAGAUUUAAGCCUGGUUCUACAUAUGUCUGGUCGGACGUUAUACCUUUAAACGUUUUAGACAAUCCUCAAAAUGGCUACUUGGAUGGAUCGGGAAAGGAUACGGUGACUGUCCACGUUGAUUUAUUGUCUUACAGUACGACUAAACUUUAAAUAAAAUUAUUCUGGUAUUACGUUGCGUUUUAUUUAGCUAUUGUUUACUCAAUUUCAUCUUGGUCUAAAGACAUUUUGUUUUUCUAUGACGUUUUUUAAAUGUCGGGGGAUCUGCUUAAAGUAGCUAAGUCUCUAACUCAAUAUCAUCCAAAGUCUUACACGUUGAAAACGCGAAUUAUUUGUCAAUGCAAAUCAACAUUGAUGGUGUGAUCUUACCGGGGAAAUGCAGGCUUCCGAUAUCCAAUAUUUAAGACAAAAUAAACAUUUUACCAUUGGUACACAAAUCGUGUACCAUAGUGCGUUUCAGUGUCGUUUGUAACAAGUGACCAGAAAGAACGAGCCUGCUAGACAUAUUCCACAACUAAUGUCAAACGGUCACGCCAUAUCUUAUCUGCAGAGCAUGCGCAAUAGACUGGAAUAUCUAGACGCUAAAAAUUGCUAUUCGGUUGAGGCUCUUGCCUUUUUUCGCUGGACGUAACUGAUUUUAAAUUAGAGUCAAAACGGAAACAAUUGAAUGUAAAUCAGUUUAUAUACAAUCAUAUUACAUUGUUAUAUGCGUUACGACCCAUUUGGGUCAAUUUCUAGGUCCCAAAUAUUAGCGAUUUAGCUCCUUUAAAUACAAAUAUUCCGGCACUUCGUUCCGUUUUAUUUUGCGAUUGUUUGCUCUAUUUCAUCUUGAUCGAAAGAUAUUCCAUUUUUGCAAGAUGUCUGGAAUGGGGGAAGAAAUCUAUGCGCGCUCAUUUUAAGUCUUAUUGAAAUUAUUCUUGCAUUUCAUUUUUUCUUUGGAUUGCUUACUCAAUUUUAUCUUGUUUAAAGACAUUCCUUUUCUCUAUGAUUUCUGAAAUGUCGGAAAUUGUUAGAGAUACUGAUAGUACUAGUAGUAGUAGGCCUAGUGAUUCAUUUCAUAGACAUAGUCUUGCUAGGGCUAGGCGAGUUAUUGAUGGAUGUCCUGACAAAAUUUCCCUCAUUGCACCCUGCAUGGUAUAUGCCAGUCUUCAUUAGCCAACACAAAAAAUACAUCAAAAUAGGACGUUAAACCCCAUUUCAUUGACCAUGUGGUAUCUACGGCGUCUACGCGUGAAACUAUAACGACUCAACGACUGAACGAGUGUAGAACUGUAGUGUAGAUAGUGCUACUAUCUGACAACCAAAAAAAGAAGAAAGACCUGUGUCACUUAUGUAGUAUAUUUGUACGCUUAUGUGCUCUAAGAACAAGUUUUUUGUGGAAGAUAUUCAAACAUAAAUAUACCUGAUUAUUAUUGUCCAUGGCUACGAUUGAACGAUGCCACCAAUGUGGAGCAGACGACAGGGGCGGUUCUUUAUUCGAAACUAUGACUAUGCAUUCAAAAUUAUGUUAACGACAUGAACACCAGAAAUGGUGAAUUAAAGACACAUAAAAAUAUAAAAGAAAGCAAACUAUUAAAAGUUGUAUUAAAAUUUAGCAUAAAACAAUAUGUUAGUGUUAACUUCCGUUAAAAAUUAUUGAUGCUCCCUAUGCAACUUUCUGGUAGUAGGAAUGACUUUCCUCGAAGGGUAGCCUCGGUCAUCCAAGCCCGUUAGUCGAGGGAGCUAUCGCGGAGGAGCCAUAUUGUCUGGAUGACCGAGACUACUUGAAGGGAGGUUUUGUUUUUAUGACGCAAGCUUCGGCUAAAAUCGGAACCACGCCUUGAUGGAUGUGACAUGUGGAGAAAUUACAUUGGAAGAAAAUACCGAUGUCGAAGUUACAUAUGUCGAUUAUGCACUAGUAGAAAUUACAACAGUUGAAAGAUCAGAUGUAGAAAAUACAAACGUUACAAGGCGCAUUUGUACAUGUGUUUUUUCGUUAGUGGACAAUACUUUUCUAUUUUGUAAAAUCGAACAUGGAAAAAUCAUCAAAACAACACUUUCAUAUGCUGACAUAGUAACUUCUACUCGUGUUUACAUGUCUUUUAAUGUGGCGUCGAUCCCCUUCCAUAAGAAACGACCUAGUUCAGCUUUGAACGUAGGCCUCUUUACACUCGUCCUAUACGUUCAGGAACCGCUCUAUUAAAUCCUUGUCGAAAUAAUUUUACUGGGCAACUUUUUACUUCUAAACGGUUGCGUGGCAGUCUCCGUGAAUGCCUGUACAAUGUAAAGGAACAUUUUAGUGAGAACAUAAGAGGGUAACGCAUAAACAGAUUUUAAUUUUUACCCCUAGCUUACAUAAAUUUCAUUUCGUCAUAUAUUAUAUGCCCGAGUUACGUAAACUGGUGCGUUAUCCUAUAUUUAGAUUUCAAUGACUUCUACCAAGGUGUUUGGCAGAAGGGGGCGUAUUUUAAACAGCAUGUUGUGUCGCACAUACUGACCUCACUCCUUGAUAUAACCCCUGCAAAUGGUUUUCAUCCUUUGGUAUGUUAAGUAUUGCCAAUCUGUUUCACAGCGGUAAUGCAAAAGCCUGAUUUUAACUCUGUGUAAGAUAAUGUACAUUUACGUUCACGUGCAGUAUAGGCCCAAGAGUGACUAGUGAUCACACGGCUACGAAAACUCGUGCAAUGUUUAAAGGAGCUAAAUCGCAAAUAUUUGGGACCUACAGAUUGACACAAAUGGGUAGCAACGUAUAUAACAAUCUAAAUAAACUGAUUUACAUUCAAUCGUUUCCGUUUUUACUCUAAUUUAAAAUCAGUUAUGUUCAGCGAAAUACGCCAGAAGUCUCAAUCGAAUGGCAAUCUCUAACGUCUGGUUAUUCCAGUCUACACCGAUAGUAUUUAUUGCGCAUGCUCUCAAGAUAAGAAUAUGGGGUCACGG